AGAGAGGCCUAAGUAGGAGACAGCGUUGUCAUUCUAAGCAACACGCCGAUGGUUUACGCUACGUACUAUAGAUGAAUGUUGCAGAGAUUGCAACUAGUUUUGUUUUUGUUGGUGCGUGUUGAUGUAGGGAUAGAGUACGCGCCGGAAAUAUACCCUGGAAACACGAAAUUCGACGCGCUCUUGUAAACUCCAAAAGUAACUUAAUAGGCCUUUAGGCAAUAGCUUACGAAAGUAAUUCAUUAUGGCGGAGAUGAACACUGGGCCUCCUCUCACCCCGCGUGGAUCAUAUACCUUAAGAGGUUAUGGCGGAGGAUAUCUGGAUACCUUUCUAGUUGCAAAAGAACAUUUUAAAGAGCAGGUAUCACUUGUGAUCGACUCUCACUGGACACCAUCAAAUGUGUUCUACUUCUGUGUGGGAUUCACUUUCCUGGUAUUCUUGUGGAAACAGUACCUUAUGUAUAGACAGUAUCGCGUGUACGUGCUGAACGAGUUCGUCCCCCCAGAAGUGUGCAUUCUCAUGGAACAAAAAUACUUUGCAAAGGCCCGUGCCUAUCGCAUCGAUCUCACGCGAUUUGCCUUUGUACACGAGACGUUCUCUCGGAUUCUCACCCUUGUCGUGCUUUCAUUGAAUAUCGGCCCAAAAUUCUGGGACUAUUGUGGGCAUCUUGUCACGUUAGCAGGAUACAGUAAAAAGAAUGAACUACUCACGACGGCCGUCUUUGUACUGAUCGGCUCAUUUGUUUCGACACUGAUCGGACUUCCCUGGGAUCUCUACGGAACAUUUAAGAUUGAAGAAAAGCAUGGAUUUAAUAAAAUGACGUUGAAGUUCUACGCGUGGGAUAAGAUAAAAAAGUUCAUCGUAUCUCAACUCAUUACGCUGCCUAUUCUCUGCGGAAUGGUUCAAAUCGUUAAAGUCGGAGGUGACCUGUUCUUUGUCUAUCUUUGGGCAUUCAUGUUCAUGGUCACACUCCUGGUUAUGACAAUUUAUCCCGAUUUCAUCGCACCUCUAUUCGAUAAAUUCUCUCCGCUGCCUGAAGGAAAACUCAGGAACGAAAUUGAAGCUGUGGCGGCGUCUCUUGAAUAUCCACUAAAACAGUUGUACAUUGUCGAACAGUCGAAGCGAUCUGCCCACAGCAACGCGUACCUAUAUGGUAUGUUCAGUAGUAAAAAAAUUGUCCUCUUCGACACACUUUUGAAGGGAUCCAGUGAAGCAACAAAUCUAAAUGAAAACACGGCCAACGAUAAUGCUACAGAGACAGAAGGAGUAGACGAACCGGAUGAUCACGGUGAGCCCGGAACCAACAUCAAACGUAGAAAUGUUGACAGUUCAGAAGAGAAGGGAGAUGAUUUAAAAAAGUGCACUGACGACGAAAUUGUUGCUAUUAUCUGCCACGAAUUAGGCCACUGGAAGAUGUGGCAUGUAACCAAGCGAUUCGUCAUUCUGCACCUCCACAUGCUGUUCAGCUUCAUUAUUUUUGCGUCAUUGUACCAAAACGCCACCAUUUAUAAGGCGUUCGGUUUCGAUACUGACAAGCCUAUACUUAUCGGAAUGCUGCUUAUACUAGAGUAUAUAUUCUCACCGUACAAUGUGUUUAUGGACUUUCUCUUGACGUACUACUCGAGAAAGCAGGAGUUUGAAGCAGACGAUUUUGCACGAAAAAUGCACCGCGCCUCAUAUUUGAGACAGGCGCUGAUCAAUCUAAACAAGGACAAUCUGGGUUUUCCUCUAAAUGAUCCAUUGUACUCCGCGUGGCAUCAUUCACAUCCACCGUUGCAGGAACGCAUCCAGGCGCUUGGCAAAAACGAAUAAGCGCCCUGUUUGCCGAUCUCGUCAUAUUGGAGACUUGAAUGUGACAAAUAUCCGGGUGGCGAAAUAGACUAAAGUUGACAAGAAAUGUCUCAAGUAAACCUUACAUCUACCUUAAUUGACUUUUGGAAAAUUCGUUUGAGGUGCACGUGCGAUAGCACCUAUAUCCGAACAAUUGAUUUCGGAAAAAAACAAAGAAGCAUCAUCGCUAUAGAUUCCAUACUCCAUUAAUAAAAGUAAUAAGAGUCGUAGUUGUUUGACUGAAAUACGAUGGGCGUUCUAGUAAGUUUCUCUCUUAUUGUCACUUGUCAGAAUGUGGUAACUGUAAGUCAACUUGAAACGAUAAAGUUGAUGCCCAACGAUAACUUUUCCAUAUAUUCCAUUGUUUCCAAUAUAUGCAAUUACCUUUGUCAGGUUUAGUUGGUACCGAAAAUGAUAUAGCAGAACUGACUUCUUAUGUCUGAACAUUGCUGCACUUAAAACAUAUUUAUAGCCUAAGUAUUUUAUAGUUUUAUUACAGAUGUAUAAGUAUAAAAAUUAAUGCGCGACUGCAACAUUAUGCCUGCAGCUAUAUAAUAAAGAUUCUGAGUACAGCGACGGCAUGGAGAAACGUAUGCAGGUUUGGGACAAGUAGGUGAGCGACUCUGACAGUUAAAGGCGCGAAUGAAAGCUGAUCUUUUCCAAAUCAUUGUUAUGCUACCACACAAGUUAUAUUUUAUUUUUGUCCUUACCAGGGUGUUGGUUGGUGAAAAACAUAAUUGACUUUUCUAGUAGCUAAUAAAUUAGCUUUAAGCAUUGCUGCAUAAGCUAAUGCGUAUGUACAAAGAACGUUGACAGCACUCCUCACUUUUCUCAAUGCCUCUUUUGAUGGGUACAGCUAACCUCAGAUUUAACUGCAAAGAUGGUUGCAUGAUACAAUGGUGUGUACUAGGUAACGCGUUGUCAACAAAUUUUUUUAAGUUAAUAUGUACUAACUUGUCAAAUAAUAGACCACAAAGAGUUGUAUGAAUAAACUUUAGCUUUGCAUA